AUCCAUCGGACCAUCGGCACCAUCGGCCAUCCGCCUUUCCUGGCCUGUCUUGUUGUUGUCAAUGUCAAAGAGAGAUAGAUGAUGCCUCUUGUCUUGACGAUCCUUGUGCUUUUGUUAUCAUUCCUGGGAGCGUCCUCGCUGUCGCUUCUGGACGCAAGACGUCGGCAUUUGCUCCUCAGUCCAGCAGCCGGAGCCCUGCUUCCGGUAUUCUCGUCCUCGGCCGCCAUUCUGGAAGUAGACGAGAUUCAGUCCACCAUCACGGGUGUCCAGUUUCGCGAUGAUCGAAUUGGUCAAGGAGAUGUCGUGGGAGGAAAGGACGUAGUAGUUCUGCAUUUACAAGGACUUCGCCGAGAUGGUUCUGUGAUUGUCGACACUCGAGAACAGGGGCAACCGAUACUGCAUCAACUAGGGAGUGUGGUGAACUUUGAUGUGUUUGGUGGCGAUUCCAGUAAACGUCCCAUUAUCACUUUGGGAGUUGAAGAUGGGAUUCGUGGCAUGAGAUAUGGAGGAAUCCGUCGAAUAGUCAUUCCAUCGCCGCUGGGAUAUGGUCAUGCGGGUGUCUCUCGGUACGAUGCGAUGAAAAUGGGCCUAUUAAAACCUGUGCCACGCGAUGAGCUCCUCCGCUUUGAAGUUGAGAUAUUACGAUGUGUGGAUGUACCAUUUGGAGAUGCCGAGAGCAACCCGAAUGGUUUGGUAGCGCAGGCAUGCUGCACAGAACCAAGCUAUCCAUGCAAGACGGACAGGACGGAUGAUGCCAGGUAAUCCUCUCAGUAGGGAUUCACAGGAGAAGUGGACACCGUAGUCAUGACGUGUUGGAGGUGUGUCGCUGUCAUAGAAAGUGGCGAAAAGAAACUGGAAGAUCGCUGUCUAGCUAGAAAUUAAUGAGAGAAGCAAUCGCACCACCCAACGCUGCAUUAUUAGUUUGUUGUGGUCAAUAGUUUGUUCUCGUUACUAAUCUGCCAUCGGUACUGUACUGUUUGGCCGG